AUGGUCGCUGCGCCUCUUCAUGCGAGUUUGUCUCCAGCGAAGCUCCAGACCACGAUCGAUUACAACAAGCGCAUCACUGCCUGCAAGUCUGGCCAGAAAUGGCAGACAGCGCUGGCACUCCUGGACGAGCUCCUCGCGUGUCGCCAUCGGCCAAGCGUGGUCUCCUACAACGCAACCAUCAGCGUGUGCGAGGGAUGCUCCUUGUGGGCGCUGGCCGUGGAUGUCUUGAAGGACAUGGACGGCAGGAGGCUUUCUCCCAACAUUAUCACCUACAGUACGUGCAUCAGUGCCUGUGGACGAGCGGCCCAGUGGCAGCAGGCAUUGUGGCUGAUGGGGUGUCUGGGCGAUCGCGGACUACAAGCAGAUCUCAUUUUGUACAACGCCAGCAUCACUGCCUGCGAAAAGGCAGGCAGAUGGCUGGAAGCGCGCAGGCUUCUGCUCCGUAUGCGGGACGAACGUGUCCAAUCCGACGUCAUCAGCUACAACGCGGUCAUGAGCGCCUGCGACAAGACAGGCGAAGUCGACCUCGCAUUUGGCCUUCUCGAGGAGAUGGACCAGGAGCGGCUUCGCCCGAGCGUCAUCACGAUGAACGCAUGGAUCGGCGUCCUGGGCAGCGCCUUUCAGUGGCAAAAGGCCCUGGAGGUUCUGAGGGGCCUGAAGCCACGACAUCUCCAGGCCAGCAUCGUCACCUUUGGGGCUGCAGUUGGCGCGUGCAUGAAGUCAGGCCGCUGGCAGGAGGCCCUGUCCUUGUUGGAGUUCCUGCCAUCAACUCGAAUUGAAGCCAACAUCGUAACCUGCAGCGCAGCCAUCACUGCGUGUGACAAGGCAGCCGAGUGGCAACGAGCCCUGGGCCUCUUUGGUCGACUUAAGACCUCCUCCAUGCAGGCCAACACAGUGACAACUGGUGCUGCUGCAAGCGCUCUUGGCAAUGCUUCGAACUGGGUACUGGCGCUGCGCUUGCUUGAGGAGGUUGCACAUGCGAAUGGCAAGGCAGACGCCGCGACUUCUAACGCGGUGAUCUAUGGGUGCGAGAAGGCUGCGAUGUGGCGGCCGACGCUGCAGUUUCUAGGCGAUAUGCGCCAUCGAGCUGCGCCUCCCAGCAUAAUCAGCUACAAUGCUGCCAUCAGCGCUUGUGCGAACUGCGGUGAGUGGGAGCAUGCCCUUGCCCUCUUCGCUCAGAUUGCGCGUCAGCGCCUGCAGGCCGACGUCGUGAGCCUGAACUCCGCGCUGAGCGCCUGCGUCGACCCGGGACUUUGGUCGCUGGCGGUUGAUCUCCUCCGUCAGGCGUCCAGCAGCCGCCUCACCCCGGACAUCCUUACGUACAGCUUGGCGUUGGGCGCCUGCUCUGCCACGGCACAGUGGCGACCUACACUGGCUCUUCUGAAGGAGAUGGCGGCAGUGCAAGUGCAACCAGAUCCUGCGUCACAGGAGGCAGCACUUCGCUCCACGGAGCGGGCCCAGCGAUGGUUCGAGUCGGCGCAGCUUCUGCAAAGCCUGACCGGGAGCCUACGCUACCUGAGAGGUGAUCUUUCUUAG